CAACACUAUUAGUCAAGUACUGUACUUCUUGGACACCGACCGGCUGUCACGCCAUGGAAUCUCGUGAUGUUCUCCGUGAACUGGCUUCAAGGGCCAGCCGCUAUGCCAUCAACCUUGACGAUCAGAUAGAACGAGGACCGUGGCCGUGCUAUCUUGGAGGAUAUUCUCAGGUAUUCCGUGGAGCUUUGCGGUCAGAUGGAAGUUCUGUGGCAAUAAAAAUGCCCUUGUGCGGCGUUGGGAUGGGCGAUAAGAGUACUAUCAAGCGUAUCCUCAACGAAGCACACACCCGGUCGAAACUGAAGCACCCGAAUGUCCUCAGGAUCCUUGGAAUAACCACCGAUUUCGACUUCACAGUAUCAAUAAUAACUCCAUGGAUGGAAGGAGGCAACGCCCACACUUAUGUACAGGAUCCAGACAUCGAUCCUCGUCCUCUUAUUAAAGACGUUGCUCUCGGGAUUCGCUACCUGCAUAGUCAUCCAGAAGGUCCGAUAAUACAUGGUGACUUGAAAGGGGACAAUGUGCUGAUCGCCUCUGAUGGUCACGCUGUUCUUACAGGCUUCGGACUUUCUGUCCUGGAGAAUUCCACAUUCAGCAUGACCUUGAACUGUCAAUUUGGGGGCUCAUUACGUUGGAUGGCUCCGGAGAUGGUAAAUGCCUUGAGUUCCGGAGACCCCCAAUUCACCCUGGAAGGUGACAUCUGGGCUUUUGGCAUGACGAUGUUGGAACUCUUCACCCGGAAAUUUCCCUACUGUAACCUCAACUAUCCCAGUUCCGUUAUAUACCGGAUAACGAUGGGUUCCCCGGAACGACCAUCCAGCGAGGAUACUUGUCAUCGCAUGACAGAUAACUGGUGGGACCUAUGCUCGCAUUGCUUGAGGAUGGAGCCGUCUCUGCGAGCCAGGGUGCCGUACGUUGUCGAAUGGAUCAAGCAGCUCAAGUUUCCACUUCGUCCGUGUGAUGUUCCUAUUGAAGCCGAAUCCGACGCCACCUGGCCAACCCAACAUGAUGUUACCCAGUUCAACCAGUCAAACUACAGUGCACCCUCAGACGUGCCUCGCCAACUUGUUGAGCGGGCCUACAAAUAUGUCUCCAACCUUGACGACCAGAUAGAACGAGGACCAUCACCGUACUAUCGUGGAGCAAGAACUCUGAUAUACCGUGGAAAAUUGCUAUCAGAUGGAAGGACUGUGGCAAUAAAAACUCCCCAGGGAGUUGGGAUGGACGAUGAGGGUAUUAUCAAGCAAAUCCUCAAGGAAGCAUACAUCGGGUCGAAACUGAAGCACCCAAACAUCCUCAGCAUCCUCGGAAUAACCACCAGAUUCGACUUCACAGUAUCAAUAAUAACUCCGUGGAUGGAAGGAGGCAACGCCCACACUUAUGUACAGGAUCCAGACAUCGAUCCUCGUCCUCUUAUAAAAGACAUUGCUCUUGGACUCCGCUACCUACAUACUCAUCCGAAAGGCCCGAUAAUACAUCGUGACUUGAGAGGGCAAAAUGUACUGAUCGCCUCUGAUGGGCGGGCUGUUCUUACAGACUUCGGACUUUCUGUCCUGGAGAAUUCCUCAUUUAGCAUGACCGUAAACCGUCAAUUUGGGGGUUCAUUACGUUGGAUGGCUCCAGAGAUGGUAAAUACCUUGGGUUCCCAAGACCCCGGAUUCACCCUGGAAGGUGACAUCUGGGCUUUUGGCAUGACGGCGUUGGAACUCUUCACCCGGAAAUUUCCCUACUGUAGCCUCACCAAUCUCAGUUCCAUUCAAUUUCGGAUACUCAAAGGGCCACCAGAACGACCAUCCAGGGAGGAUACUUGUUAUCGUAUGACAGAUGAGUGGUGGAACCUAUGUUUGCGCUGCUUCAGGGUGGACCCGUCUUCACGCAUCAGUAUAGAGAACGUCGUAGAAGCAACUAGGGAGCUUCCACCUAGUGCGUGUGUAGUACUUAUAAUGAGAUCGAAACUGAACAGAAACCAUGGCUUGGUUCAACCAGGAUACGACAUUGUUAUCGUAGUAAUGGGACCUACGGGAUCAGGAAAAAGCAACUUCGUCAACAAACUCACGGGUUGUGAAGGGGAGCAUGGCGCAGAUGAACCCAUUUCUCUAACGCGAGGCAUUCGGGAGUUUGUAUUGGACGUCUCUCGUAACAAACGCUAUGUAUUUGUGGACAUGCCGGGGUUCAACAAUGCUUUCAAAUCGGACCAAGAUAUUCUUGGAAGGGUCGCUGAAUGGUUACGAAACAAGUAUUUGCAACACGUGAAGAUUACAGGGGUUAUCUACACACAUCGCACAACCGACAAUCGCAUGCCUACCUCAGUGCGUGAAAACCUCGCAAAGUUCUGUGAGUUGUGCGGGGAAAACGCUGUACAGUAUGUGCGAUUGGUGACUACAAGGUGGGAUAAAGCAAGUGAUGCAGGAAAAGUACCGAGCUGGGUCUCGCUGUUCGAGGGGGACUGGUGGAAACCUCCUACCGCAGCAGGUGCCCGACAUGAACAAUUCCUUAAUACCCAGAACUCAGCAUUGACUAUCGUAAAUGGAUUGGUGGGGCAAGACGCUCAACUGAGCCCUGAAGAGGUGAGAGGCGCAGACAUGCAGAUGAAAGAAAUUAGUGUUACGGGUACAAGGAUAUCGUCAAUUCCUCAGUGGUUUAGCUCGUGGUUUUCUGCGAGGAGUUCUAUAGUCUAGACGCUGAGAGUAUAGAACAUGCCCAAGUGCGAAGUUCAAUAUUUGAUUGAUGGCACUGCCUCCGGCUUUCCAAUAUUC